AUGUCUGCUGUCAGCUGUCUGCUGACUGAAGAUCAGUUUCUCUGCUCCAUCUGUCUGGAUGUGUUCACUGAUCCAGUCAGCACACCAUGUGGACACAACUUCUGUAAAACCUGCAUCACUGAUCACUGGGAUAUUGAUCUUCCAUAUCAGUGUCCCAACUGUAAAAAGGAUUUUAGCACGAACCCUAAGCUACACGUCAACACUUUGGUCUCUGAGAUGGCUGCUAAGUUCAGACAGUCAACUCAACAGAUACCAGAAGAAGUUCCCCGUGACGUCUACUCGGGAUCCAAACUGAAAACCCGGUUGUUCUUCCUGGCAUGUCUGAUGUGUGUCUUCAUGGCCUGGAUGGUGUCAGAACAAAAGAAAGGCCAGGCCGAGCUCAUCGAAACGAUCAAAGAGAAGAUAGAGAAACUGGCUGAAGGCUUUGUCAAAGAUCUGAAACAGGAAAUCUCUGAGCUGAAGAAGAGAAACACUGAGGUGGAACAGCUCUAUGUGGCUGAGCAGGAGAAACUCAGGAAACAGAAGAACCUGCUCCCUGAGUCUGAUCUGAAGAGGGUCCAGCAGUGUGAAGUGGAUGUGACUCUUGAUCCUGAUACAGCACAUCCUAAUCUCAUCCUGUCUGAAGAUGGAAAACAAGUACAUGAUAGUGAUGUAACGAAGAAUCUCCCAGACAAUCCAGAGAUAUUUGAUACUGUUGCUGUCUUAGCAAAGCAGAGUUUCUCUUCAGGAAGAUUUUAUUACGAGGUUCAGGUUAAAGGGAAGGCUGAUUGGACUUUAGGAGUGGCCAGAGAGUCGGUCAACAGGAAGGAAGAAAUCACACUGAGCCCUCAGGAUGGUCACUGGAUGAUAUCUUUGAUGGAUGGUGAUUUGUACAUCGCUAAUGCUGACCCUUUAGUCCGUCUCUCUCUGAAGUCUCGGCCUCAGAAGGUGGGGGUGUUUGUGGAUUAUGAGGAGGGUCUAGUCUCCUUUUAUGACGCUGAUGCUGAAGCUCUUAUUUACUCCUUUACUGGCUGCUCCUUCACUGAGAAACUUUACCCAUACUUUUAUCCCGGUCAUAAUUAUAUUGGUAAAGACUCUGCACCUCUGAUCAUCUCUCAUGUCAGUCACUGA